AUGGCAUUAGCCCAUGUUCAUGGAGUCUUGUGGCUAUCAGGAGCUCCAAAUGUGACCAAUUUGGAUAAAAUGACUGAUUCAGAAAGAGAGAACGUGAUUUCUUACUUCAGUAGCUUGAUCAGUGCAUGGAAUCCAGAUUGCAACUAUGUUGUCACUGCAAGUCAUCCAUGUCGUUUGAAGAUUAGCCAAGUUGAAGAUGAAAUUCAAGAUUUAGCUUCUCUUGUAAAUACCGUUCAGAAACACAAGUGUUCAAUCCAUUGUAUGAAGAUGCAAAAAAAGGAUUCUAAAUCUAAAGCAGGUAUUCAGUGUCGUCAUCACUUUCCUCACAAAUUACGAGAUUCAAGUACCAUUGAAAAAUAUGACCGUGGCCAUUAUGAAUUUUAUCCGAAACGUUAUGAUCCCAAUACCAACAAAUUUAAUGGAUGGACUAUCAGAGUUAUAAGGUCUAAUCAUGAUUUUACAGCAAUAUUAUCAUAUAAUGGAUUUGUCAGAUAUAUUGCAAAAUAUGCAACCAAAGGUGAAAUAAAAUCAGCUGAGUUACUCACCAUCUUAGAAAUGAUUGUAUUCAAUAGUGAUGCUGGACAAACAGUUAAAAAUGUUAUACAGAAACUGUUUAUGAAUCUUGCGGCAGAUCGUGACUAUUCAUUUCAAGAAGUCAUGCACCUUUUAAAAGGACAUAAACUUUAUCAAUGUUCAAGAACAUUUGUUGUUUUGAAUUUAUCAGCUAAUGAUUGGCAAGCAAAAGCUGAUAUAUCAGUUUUGUCAGCAACAGAACCAUCUCAGUUUCAGGAAUUUACAGAUCCUCUUGACUCUUAUGCUAGAAGACCUGGAAAAUAUGAGAGAAUGACUUUGCUCAAUGUAAUGAAGUGGUUUGAUGUGAAGUCUUUCAAGAAAUACACAAAAGAGCGUAUUGUACGAAUCAUUCCAAGAUUUCAACAAAAAAAUUCUUCUACCAUAGCAGAAGAGAUAUGGAGGCAGAACGCUCUUCUCAAUAUCCCUUGGAGAAAUAUAGAAAAUCUACUUGUAGAAGAAAGUUGGGAAAAAACAUGUUCAGUAAAUGGACUAAGUAUUGACAUGUUUCCUAAUCCCAUUUCUAUUGUUCAUGAUGAAUUGUCUGAUGAAGAAGAAACUGAAGAUAUUGACAGUCUUAAACAUGAUGACUGGAUGUCAAUUUGUAGCCUUAGUGGGCAAAGCGAAGAUUCAGCUUAUGAACUUGGAAAGCGACCCCUUGACAUUACAUAUCCAUGGUCUAAUAAUACCUGUGACAUUAAUUAUGCUGAUAUAUUGACUAAUUUUGUUUCUGAAUCAAGGAAAACUUUCCAGAUACCAAUAGCAAAUCUUUCUAUUCCAAAUCUUAGUCCAGACAAAAAAAAUGUAAUGAAUAUUCUUUCAAGACAAAUUGAUUCCAUCCUUGAUAAGUCUCCUACAACUUAUAAAGUUCCACAUGUAUGUGUCUGUGAAGGCUUUGCUGGAAGCGGAAAAUCUGUUUUGCUACAGUCAAUGGUUCAAUCAGUAGAUUCUAAAAUUGGAUCUGGAUCAGCUUGGGUAAUGGCUCCUACAGGUUCUUCCGCUCUCCAUGUCAAUGGUCAGACAAUUCAUAGUGCUGUUCGGUUGAAUUGGCAAGACAUUGGAAAUAUUCCAGAUCUGAAGGGAGAAACAUUGUUUAAAUGGAGAGAGAACCUUUUUAUUUGGUUCCUUGGAAACAUUCUUCAACUUCAACUUCCUCCUGUUGGUGAUACACCAUGGUUUAAAGAUGAACUAACUUAUGCAAGGGAUUCUGUUGUCGCUGGUUCUUUGCUAUACAAGGAAAUAGACAUGGUCUUUUUCUUGUCAUCACAGCUUCGUCAAAAAGACAUGCAUUUUCUUCUAUGUCUGGAGCAUAUAAGUAAUAGAAUAGUUACAGAAGAAGAUAAGCUUGUUUUGAAGUCAAGAAUCAAGACUCCAUCUGAAAUUGAAAACUUACCUGAAUUUGUUGAUGCUGUACAUCUUUUUUCAAAGAAGAAAGAUGUUGAUCUGUAUAAUCUGACGAAACUUGUGAAAGAAAAUCGGCCAGUACUUCGAAUUGAUGCUGAAAAUAAUUCCCGUCAUGCUAAAGCUUGCAGUUCCGAUAAAGCCCUUGGACUUCCGCAGAUUCUUUUCUUAUCUAUUGGCUGCAGAGUUAUGCUGAAGAAAAACCUGUGGGUGGACGGAGGUCUUGUUAAUGGAUCUAUCGGAACAUUGAUUGAUAUAGUGUACAAAUCUGAAGAUGACGAAUCACCAUUUGCUCUUAUUAUCAAGUUUGAUUCCUAUUACGGUCCAGUUAUGGAUAAUGGUGGUAUACCUUUCAUUCGUUACACAAAUUCAUGGUAUGCCAAGAACAUAUUAUGUUCAAGAAACAUGUUCCCUGUUAUUUUGGCUUAUGCAGUCACAAUUUAUAAAUCUGAAGGACUGACUUUGCCAAAAGUUGUAUUUCACGCAUUGGCAAAGGAAAUGGCUGCUGGUGAAUUUUACGUUGCAUUGUCAAGAGUAAAGAAUCUUUCUUAUCUAUGCAUUGCAUAUGAAGGAGCCAUUGAAGACUGUCCACUAUUCCAUUUGAAUCCCACAAUUUAUAAAGAAAAGCUUGCUGCAAUUGAGAAGUUAAAAUUAAAAGAAAGACAAAGGUUGGAUGGAUCUGAAUCUGAAAACUCCUCAAACACUCAAUCAACAUCUGGAAAUGAACAGUUGAAUCCUUCCACUGACAUGUCUUCGAGUUCACCGAUAUCUGAGUCACCUACUUCUACCAGUUCGGUAAAUCACAAUGAUGUAGAAGCUGGACAUUCAAAAUCUCCACCUAAGAGAAGGCAUCGAAAGAAGGAUAUAACUCAAAAUUCUACUGAAAGUGAUUCGGAAACAGUAACAAAAAGACAAAGGUUGAUUGGAUGUGAAACUGAAAACUCCUCAAACAGUCCAUCUACUUCACUAAAUAUGUCUUAA